AUGCAAGCUUCAUCGUCAUCACGUGCGCCGCCUGCUCCUGUGGACCUGCCCAAGGCGCAGUACGAUGAUCAUAAGAGAAGCCGAAGUUCAGAACGAGGGCGAAAGCGUAGGCCGAAGUCACCUGUCGACUGGGUAGCGUUCUUCGGCGGAAAGCCGCCGACUGAGAUAAUUGAAAUUCACGACGACGACAGUCCGGCACCACCUGCGACUGUACAACGACUUCCUCCACCCACGAACAACGAUAUGUCACGCACACAGCAUGUCGGCAAGAAGAGAAGAGUCGACGGAGGCAGUGGCGAAGCUGCAGGAUACAGUACCACCAACACACCGUACUCGUACGCCAAUGGACAAUCCACAGAAAGCCUGCAAGCGCCCACCACGGCUUCAACGUCACUCGGCUCACAGGUCAGCAACGACUACAGGGCGGAGCUCGACACCUCCCUCCAGACUGGUCAGAAGAGGAAGCGCACGACAAGAACGUCUGAUGCUGCACAAAAGAAGCAGGAAAUUGAGCGCGCAGGCCCGAAGGGUUACCUUGCCGAGUAUGGCGAGUAUCUUCCUCCGGUGAAGUUGAGCAAGAAGCAGAAGGAUGUUGCGGUGCCGGCCAUCCACGAUCGCCAUGCGCCAAAGGAGAAGAUUGACGAUGAGGACGGCCACUACAUCGUUCAUGAGAACAGUCGCCUCGGCGAGAAGUACAACCUCCUGAACCUGCUCGGGCAAGGCACAUUUGGCAAGGUCGUUCGAGCCAUCGACAUCCGCAGUCGGAAGGAAGUGGCUGUCAAGAUCAUUCGCGCAGUGCCAAAGUACCGCGAUGCUAGUCGCAUUGAACUACGAGUACUCAAGACAUUGCGCGAGGCCGAUGAACACAACCGCAACCGCUGCAUCCAGUUGCGCGACUGCUUUGAUUGGCGAGGCCACAUCUGCAUCGUCACACCUCUUCUCGGCCUCUCGGUCUUCGACUUUCUGAAGGGUGGCGGCUUUGUCCCAUUCCCAGGUUCACAUAUUCAAGCAUUCGCCCGACAACUGCUUGGAUCCAUUGCGUUCCUGCACGACCUCAACCUCAUCCACACUGACCUCAAACCGGAAAACAUCCUCCUCAUCAACCACACAUAUCAGACCUUCACAUACAACCGCAACAUCCCAUCUUCAAGCACUUUGACGACACGAUCAGCGAAGUUCAGGAGGGUGCUCCUUAGCCCACAGAUAAAUCUGAUCGAUUUCGGAAGCGCAACUUUCGACGACGAAUACCAUAGCUCCGUGGUCAGCACUCGACACUACCGCGCGCCGGAAAUCAUUCUGGGAAUUGGAUGGUCACAUCCGAUUGACUUGUGGUCACUUGGCUGUAUUCUCGUUGAGUGCUGGACAGGUGACGCACUCUUCCAGACGCACGACUGCUGCGAGCAUCUAGGCAUGAUGGAGGCCGUUACUGGAAACGCCAUCGACAAGUCCAUCAUCCGAGAAGUCCAGAAAUCGUCGAAACGCGGAGACCGAAACUCUGCAGCCCGGUUCUUCAAGAACGGACAUCUGCAGUAUCCAAUGCCAGACACUCCUCGCCAGUCUAGAAAAUUCGUGAGGGGCAUGAAACGAUUGGAGGACAUCAUCCCACAGACGAACAACUUCAACCGACUUUUCUUGGAUCUGCUGCGCCGUAUCUUCGUGUACGAUCCUAAAAAGCGCAUUACGGCCCGCGAAGCUCUCAAGCACCCAUGGUUCGACGAGCUGGUUGAAGAUGACGGAACCGAGGCGACACGCAUUCGAGUGGAACGAGAGCGUCUUGCGGAGCAGGCGGAACGCGGCGACCGAGGACGUGCCCGGUAGAAGAUAGGAGGAAGAUGACCUCGACAUUUGUUCUUUGAAUUCAAUGAAGUUCAAACAUUGCUGCAGGGAGGGGAAUCAUGCAUGGAACCAGGGCG